UGAGAGUUUCCUUUCUAUUUUGUAGAAAACGCAUGAGGAUGAUAUUGCUGUUAUGAAAUGUAGUUAAAGUUUAAAUAAAUAUACAAUGUUAAUUUAUAAUAAUUAAAUAGUGUUUGUGCUUAUGUGCUUGAAAUAAAAUUGAUAUAAAAGAUUUGUAUAACCACUAAUACUACAAAUAAUAAUAGAUAAAACUAUUAAUUUAUAGAUGGCACCUAACCUAUCUUUGAAAAUUUUAUUGUUGGAGAACUAUUUAGUGUUUAUAAUUUACUGAAGUUACAUUGUUGUGAUAUACAUAAAUAAAGUCUGUUCACAGUAGAAAUCUUCUUAGUGUAUUUUAGCAGAUACCUUGUUAUACAAUAAUGGAUGUGGAGAAGGAAGAAGCACUUGAAGAAAUGCCAGAAUUGGAUAUGAAUUUGCAAGAUGAGAAGAUUUUAGAAAAUCAUCAGGAUGCAGUUUUAACGAAUGAAAACGUAUCAGAAAUGAAAGAUAUAUUGGAAAGAAGUAUUGACAUCCAUAAUAAAAUGUCAGAAAUCAAUCAAUGCAGCCAAAUAAUGGAAGAAGAAACUGUAUCAGUUUUUGAUACAAAUGCGUGUAAUAGCUCAACCAUGGAAGACUAUAUUAUGGAAUCUAAUACAGACAGCAUUACAGCUACAGAUGAUUUAAGGCAGUUUGAUGUUUUGGAUGAUUUAGAACGUCAUCCAGAUCAAAACUGUUCAGAUAUGGACUCAGAUACAAAUGAAAGUAUGGAUUCUGAUGUACCUGAUGAAGAAAUUGAAGCGAUGUUAGAAGAAGGUUUACCAGAGGAAUUUAAAGGCAAAAGAAAAGACAAGAAAGAUAGUGUGCCAUAUGAAGAAAAAGAGAAGCUUGUUUUGGAUGAAAUUGGCCACAAUCAUUUUGAUGUACUUCCUGAGAGUUGGGUGCAAGUGACUCAUAAUAGUGGGAUGCCUUUGUAUCUUCAUAAACAAAGUAGGGUUUGUACCCUUGCAAAACCAUAUUUUCUUGGACCUGGUAGUGUCAGAAAACAUGAAGUACCUGUAAGUGCUAUACCUUGUCUUCAGUAUAAAAGAGCUCUUCAAGAAGAAGAGGAAGAAAGAAAGAAAGAGAAGGAACGUGAUCCAAAUACAGAAGUAUGUAGUUUGCCUAGCGCAAAAAUUGAAACAAUCCAAGAAAAUCGGGCAGCUCAUUCUUUAGAUAGUGAACAAUUGAGAAAUUAUUGUCAAUCGCUCUUUCGUUUUAAAGCUAUUAAAGUAAUGAGAUUUCAGUCAUGGUCAGCGAGAAGGAAAUUCACGAAAAAUAAGAAACAUCGUAAACAAUUGGAACGACCAACGUUACCUGACGGAACAAAGUUAAUAACAUUUCCAGUUAGUAGUUCUAGUUUGACAGGAAAUAGUAGUGGCGUCACAGGAGAUGAUAAUGGUGGACAAAGACCACCGAAGCAUUGGAUAAUGAAUCCUUCAGGAAAAAGUUACGUUUGUAUACUUCAUGAAUACGUGCAACACGCGCUUAAGAAACAACCAACUUACAAAUUUAAAGAAUUAGAAAAUGCUGCAACACCGUACUCUGCUGUUGUUUGUAUUAAUGAUAUGGAAUAUGGGAGCGGCUUUGGUAGUAGCAAAAAGCAAGCGAAAGCUAACGCCGCUCGUAAAACUUUAGAAAUAUUAAUUCCUCAAAUGAGAGAUAAAAUUUCUGGCGAUAGUGGGGGAGAUACAGCAUCAGGCAACAACAGUCGGAUGAUUAAAGCAUCCAGAACAAAUUCUGAUGCGGAUCUAUCAUUCUUCGAUGAAAUCUCAAUAACUGAUCCACGAGUCGCAGAAUUUUGUGCAAAAACAACUGAACCAUCGCCACACGCCAUUUUAAUUACAUGUCUGCAACGAAAUUAUGGACUGGGCGAUAUGCAUAUUAAUUAUUCUGUGAACACAUUGAAGCAUCAGCGUAAUGAAUUCACAAUGCGUGUUGGAAAACAUGAAGCUACUGUUGUAUGUCGUAACAAAAAAGAUGGUAAACAACGUGCGGCACAAGCAAUUCUGCAACUUAUGCAUCCUCAUAUCCAGUCUUGGGGUUCUUUGUUAAGGUUGUAUGGAUCUCGUAGUGUAAAGUCUUUUAAAGAAAAGAAACAGCUAGAACAAGAAAUUACACUUUUGCAAGGUAAAGCCGCGGUAAAUCAACCGAAUCACGCCAUCUUAAGUAAGCUUAGACAAGAAAUGCGCAAAUUAGCUGAACAACGACAAGCGAUACAACCUAUUGGUAAGUUUGUACCAUCAGAUUUGCCAACAGGGUCAGCAGCCAACUUAAAUAAUGUAGAUUUAUAGCGUCCUAGUCAACUGUUUGAAUCUUAAAAAUCUUAAUUUAUUUUGUAAGUUUCGAAAUGACGAAAGUACUUCGAAUUUUUUUCAUCACUUUCUGUCUUGCAUGUAUAAAGUAUUUGAUACACCCAAUUUUACAAUGUGAAAACAUAAUUUUAUUAAAAUGGUGCUGAUUAUCAUAUUAUAUGUACCCUUCAAUACUGUUAUUUUUUACAUAUUGUACAAACUCCAUUGUUUGUGGUAAGGCAUCGAUGGUGUAAUAGGAUGCUGGUUGAAAAUAACCGAAGUUUAAAACUGAUCCGGUGUCAAAAAUCGAAAUAUUACAGAGUUACUACCUCAUCUUCCAUAUUCUUAUUACACCAUUAUAAAAUUUUAAAUAUACACAACUAAUGUCACACUUUUUGAAAUUAGAAUUACUUUUAUAUGAUGAGGCUAAUAUUAUAUUUGCGUUUUAAAAGAUGUAUUAAAGAUGGUUUAUAUAUAUAAGCAUUGAAAGGGCAGUAACUUUGAGAACAUUACCAUUUAUUUUUAAAGAACUGAUUACAAUAAACUAUACUUCAGUUCCAUAUAUAUUAAGGCAUCAAAACUUGCGUAUUAAUAACAGUGAUAAUGUAUUCAAAAGUAUUACAAUUAUCCUAAUGAAAUCACUAAUAUAAUUAAUAAUAUAAACGAAUUGUCAGAUUACAAAUAAAUCAUUUAACCUGCUUCCAUGGAUAUAUACAUUAUUCUAUUAACUGUACCUGUUAUUUUCUUUGGCACUUUCACGUAAUUUCUUUCUACAAUAUCUUUUUUAAGUCUAGGUUUUGCAUAAUAUUUAUAUAGUCACUAAUAUUUAACAUUAUUAAAGCAAAAUUAAAUGACAAAGUUAAUUAAAAAAACAAACUUUAAAACAGUGAAUUCUACUUCCAAUUGAUUUUACUCUAUUGACCAGUUACAUAGUCAGGUAUUAUAUCAUAUAUAUUUCUAAAGUGAUCUAAACGAGUUUUUUACUUUGUUAUCUUACUUAUGUAGAAAAUACAAACAUUAACAUUCAUUAUUUGUAUACUGUAAAUUACAGAUACCAUUUCCAUUUGGUUUGACAUACAUAUGUAUUACUUGUGGGUAUAUGAAAUUGUCACAUGUGUAAGUACUGUACGGUAUAAUACAUAUACAAAUUUCUUCCUACCGAACUAGAUAUGUGUAAUACCAAUAUUAUUAUUAAAUGUUUGUUAUACCAUUAACGAUAGUCAAGUAUAACUAAUGUAAUAUAAUUUGUUAAUUUUUUUUUUCUUCAUAUACGAGAUACAGAAUUUUUAUUUGGUUUGAUUCUUGUUUUAUUUCUAAAGAUUUUUUAGCAACUACUAUAGAAUUAUAUGCUCUGAGAAAUUUUAAACCUAAUGGUUCUUCAAUAUCUUAAAUAUGUUUAAUUCUCCUUGAGAACACGCAACAAACUUUAUUCUUCACGUAUAUACGAUAAAUAUUUUUUUUAUGAAUGUUCUUUGAGAGUUUGUCAACAUAGCAUAUCGAAGACGAAUAUGUUUAUAUAAUAGGCACAUUUUAGUAGGAUCAGAAUUAUAAUUUCAACAGAUUACAAUUGGAAAAAAUAACUUCAAUGUAAAGUAACCGCGUAUUAUUAACUUUUAAUUAUAACUUAAGUUACAGAUAUGUUUCCAAUGUACAUGUAACUUAAGUUACAGUAUGAUUUUUUUAGAAUAUUAAUGUUAUAAUAUUACCUUAUACAUCCUAUAAAAUUUGAAUCUGUGUAAUUAACUGUACGUGUGUUCACUAUUUUUAAAAUAAUUCUCUUUCUAUGUAUUGAAUGCUAAGUCAUUCAAGAAGUGUAAAGCUUUUACAAAAUUUUACAAAUUCUAUAUCAAAUCGAUGACGGUUAACAUUAAAUUAAUAAUUGUAUCACUGCUUGAUUACAUUACAUUAAUGUAUUGAUCCUUUAGUUACAUCUAUAAUAUGUUUAUGUGAUGUUUAUAAAUCUGUGUUCUUCUCUCAAUUGCAUAAGGAACUAAUCACGAUGAAAAACUUGUUUUGAUUCCUUUUAUAGAUUGAAUUCAUGAAGUAAUUAAAUAAAUUACUACUGUGUGUUUUAUGUUAUGUGUUUCAUUAUAUAUUUCUUACAAUAAUAAUGUUAUUAUUAUAAGUUAUUGUAUCAAUAUAUAUAUUGUAUCAAUUAUAUAUAUAUAUAUUGGUAUUUUUUGUUCAGUGUAUAUUAUUGUAAUACAUUUAAAUACGCGGGUUCUAAACUUUAUUUACAAAUUACAUGCGUACAAUGACUACGUUUGCUUUCUCAUUAUGAACUAUUAAAAAGGCCAAUACAUUUCAAUGCCAAUUUUAACACAAAUACUUUUUAUAAAUGCUUCUUAAUUGAAUGUAAUUUCGAAAACAUUUAAAAUUAUAUUCAAUUAUAACAUAUCUGUUUGACUAAAUACCUCUUUAAAACGAAGAAGUAUGUAUAAAUACCAAAAUAAAAUUCUUAUUUCUUACGCUUUAUCUAUCGUCAAUAUAUUUCAAAAUUUUAACGUAUAUCUAAUUAGUGUACGAUGAAUGAAAGAAAAAAAUCGCUCAAUUUUAACAAGAUAAAAUAGUACUUUUCAAUUUUAUCUACAACCACUUGUUUCACGAUAAAUGUAUAUAUAUAAUAUUUUUAAAAAAUAUCUCUGGAUUCCACAAUUAAAAAUGCUGUAUUACUUCAUCUAAUUGUAUUCUUACAUUAUAACUUUAUAUUUGGUGUAUAGCGAUCAUGUAUAAAGUUUAGAAAGCAUUGAGAAAAGGAGACACUAAUAUGUGCACAGUUAUCAACAUAUAUAAAAUGAAUAGAAUUAGUGGUACAACCAGAUAGAUGGCUAUUUCAUGUACAAAAGGUAAAUCGAAAAUGUAAAGAACAUUUUUUCAUGUUUCAUUUCUAAAAAUAUCAAAUUAAAAUAUAUGUUGAUAUACAUACUAUUGAAUUAAUUUAAUUAAUAUAU